CGGUGCAUUAUUAGGAACUCAAAGGUGAGGCUGCUCGUUGCAUCCAACACAAGCUCUCUAGUGCGGGCUAGCUGCUAGCAUCAGUACGGAGGAUAAACUAAUUCCUCCAGAAACGUCUGGGCAAACUUAAAACUGGUAGACACGUGCUAAAGAAUCCUGACUGAGUUUAACUGCUGUGCUGAUUAUGGAUGACUUGGAAAUAGAGCUGCAGCCUCUUGGUGACUUAGAGGAUUUAGAGUCUGACUUCUCAGAGGACAACUCUUCAAAAGGAGAGAAGAAAUUAAAGCUCCCUCUGGUUAAACCCAUGUGUGCAGUGAAUCCUCAGCAGUCUGGGUUUCACAAGAGUACCAACAUCUGUUUGGAGCACAUCAGAGAAGCCAUGCUGCACCACAGAUGGGAGGAGGCAGCAGAAUAUAUGGUGUGUUACCCCCAAAUUUUAGAAGCCAUAAGUCAAGCCAACACACAGCAGUUUAAGGAGGUUAUUUGGAGAGUUGCCAUUGAAAUCCUUCACCAUCAUCCCAACUCAACAAUGGAAGACUACAACAUCAUCUAUGAACGAAUGAAGCAUUCAGGGUUUAGACAUUACCUGAUGAUUUCUCUGGAACAUUCCUUCCACCUCCUGCUCCACGGUCAGAUUGAAGAUGCAAAGCGGCACCUUGCUGUAGCCGAGAGCUGGAGGCACGGGAAGGAGACAGCAGCUCAGUUUCAGAGGAUUAAACUGAUUCAGGGCUACAGGAGCCUGCUGGAUUAUAUCAUCUGGUGUGAAAAAAAGUCGACAUACUCCAGCAGCAAUUAUUUUGAUUCUGAUUCCAAUCAAACCAUGCAGAACUACUUCAGACAAGCCUCAGUGAAUCUUGAGGUGAUUUUGAAAGAUCCUGGUGUCUGGGAUCCCUUCAUAUUGAGUUAUGUUGAGAUGCUGGAGUUCUAUGAGAAUCACAAGGAAGCUCUGCAAGUCCUGAAUGACUACGCAUAUAACAACAAUUUCCCACCAAAUCCUAAUGCACAUGUGUACCUGUACCAGUACUUAAAGCGACACGAUGCUUCGGAAAAGAGACUGAUUAAAGUGUUGACGAUCCUCCAUACAUUGGUCCCCAGCCAUGAGUUGAUGUUGGAGUACAGCUCCCUCCUGCUUCACUCAGAGAAACAAAGCAACACCCAGAAAGCUUUAGCUGUUGUUCUGGAAAUGCUGGACUUCGCCUGCUGGAGGAGCAACCUGGAUGUGUGGAUGUGUUUAAAGGCAGUGAUACAAAAACUGCAGAAACAGGUAGACUGGGAGAACAUCGUCUGUGAAAAGAUGGCGGAAAGAAAAGACUGGUGGCCUGCGCUGCACUUCACGAGCUUCCACGCCAAGAAAGAUUCGGAGGAGAACCCGGAGCUUUUGGAAGUGAAAGCUUCGCUGACAAAAAUCCUUUGCCCAGACAGACCACUUAAGUACAGUGUGACUGGCUCACCGGUGAAACGUCAAGCUGAGAAAGAGAAAAGAAAAAGAAGACGAUAUGCAGUCGGGAAGCAAGUGAAGACUCCAGGCAAGAAAUCACGAUAAAGACUCUUAAUAUGCCCGUUUUUACAUGUUGUUUGUUUGUUUUUUUUUUUCGUGAGAUUAUUCCUUAUUUUAUAAAAAUGUUAAUUCAAGGUCCACCUGCAGAGAGUGGUGUUCCCAAACUCUGAAGCAAAAUGUGCCUUGAUCUAGUUUCUCCACUGUGUGGCGCUCUUGUUCUGCAUUUUUGCAGCGAGUAUCUGGAUCACCUAAUUUUGAAAAUUGUACCUCUGACUGUUAGUGUUUGUGUCUGAUUCAUGGUUUCUGUUAACCUUUUCUUAUACUGACUGCUGUAUAGAAUGUUAAAUUCUUAAGCAUCAGUAGUCAGUGUAUGCCACACAAAGCCUGAAGGAGUUUCUCGCUGACAGCCCUGUUGACAUGUCGGGAGACCCAUCAUCACAGACCUUCGAACAGCAUUUUGUGAGGAUGUUUAAGUGGGACAGACUCAUUGGCAGCUGCUUGCUGUUAGCAGAUUCAGCUUUUCAGUCAUUUUCUCUUUAAUGAAUUCAGUUAGGUCAUAACUGACUUGUCUUUAUAUUGACACCUGUACAACGGAUUCAUCCAUGUUCUUUUAUAUCAUAAGACUCCACUCCACUAAUAUGGCUCCAUUUUGUUUUCUUCUUUGUCUAUAAAAAUAUGUAUUCCUUUGAAUGUAAUAGCAGGGCAUUGUGGCCUUCAAAUGCUGGCCUUGCUCUCCCGACUCUUUUGCAGUGAACCAUGAAAUAAACUCUUGCAUUCA